GGGGAGGGGAGGAGGCCGCGCGCACUCGCGCGUGCGUGAGCUGGCGCGCGAGAAAGGGCCCGGUCGCGCCGAGGCUCGAGCGGCCGUCGCCAUUUUGUCGGGUUCUCUCUGACGCGGGAGCCGCCGCCACCGCCGCCGCCACCCGGAGGCUCUUGUCAGGAUGGUUAAGCUGUUCAUUGGAAACCUGCCCCGGGAGGCCACAGAGCAAGAGAUCCGCUCACUCUUCGAGCAAUAUGGAAAGGUGCUGGAAUGUGACAUCAUUAAGAACUACGGCUUUGUGCACAUAGAGGACAAGACGGCGGCCGAGGAUGCCAUACGAAACCUGCACCACUACAAGCUGCAUGGGGUGAACAUCAACGUAGAAGCCAGCAAGAACAAGAGCAAAGCUUCAACCAAGUUACACGUGGGCAACAUCAGUCCCACUUGUACCAACCAAGAGCUUCGGGCCAAGUUUGAGGAGUAUGGCCCAGUUAUUGAAUGUGACAUCGUGAAAGAUUAUGCCUUUGUACACAUGGAGCGGGCAGAGGAUGCAGUGGAGGCCAUCAGGGGCCUUGACAACACAGAGUUUCAAGGCAAAAGGAUGCACGUGCAGUUGUCUACCAGCCGGCUUCGAACUGCCCCUGGGAUGGGAGACCAGAGUGGCUGCUAUCGGUGUGGGAAAGAGGGACACUGGUCCAAAGAGUGCCCAGUAGACCGUACUGGGCGUGUGGCAGACUUUACUGAGCAGUACAAUGAACAGUAUGGAGCAGUGCGCACACCCUACACCAUGGGCUAUGGGGAAUCCAUGUAUUACAACGAUGCAUACGGAGCUCUCGACUACUAUAAGCGCUACCGGGUCCGCUCUUAUGAAGCGGUGGCGGCAGCGGCGGCGGCUUCUGCAUACAACUAUGCAGAGCAGACCAUGUCUCAUCUGCCUCAAGUCCAGAGCUCAGCUGUAACCAGUCACCUCAACUCCACUUCCGUUGAUCCCUAUGACAGACACCUAUUGCCGAACUCUGGUGCUGCUGCCACCUCAGCUGCUAUGGCUGCUGCCGCUGCCACCUCUUCCUCUUAUUAUGGAAGGGACAGAAGCCCACUGCGUCGUGCUGCAGCUGUGCUCCCCACAGUUGGAGAGGGCUACGGUUAUGGGCCAGAAAGUGAGCUGUCUCAGGCUUCAGCAGCUACACGGAAUUCUCUGUAUGACAUGGCCCGGUAUGAGCGGGAGCAGUAUGUGGACCGAGCGCGGUACUCAGCCUUUUAAAAACUGGAGGUGUGAACCUCAAUUGGACUGAAUAACCCUGAGUUGGUUGCAGUCCCAGGAGCCUGAUGUUAAUGAGGCUGCCAGGAGGAAAUACUCCAGAACUGUUGGGGAUCCAAAUUCGGGUCUCACCCUAGCAGAACUGAUCCAAGAACGUCACAGCUUUUGAAGUCGAUUGGCACAGAUCAAGACCAAGAUUUGGCCCUUUGUCUGUAAUAAGUAGAGGAACUUGGUGUGAGUUAACUUCUUUUUUCCCCCAGCCAUUGGUGUCUGGAGUUUCCAUCAUCAAUGGAAGAAUUAGAGAGUUCUAGCAGUGAUUUCUUCUUUUGAUGUGGCAAGGGAGAUUUGGUCAAUUAGGGAAACCACUGGAACUGUGGCUCUAAAUCUGUGACAGUGUGACAUGUAGUUGUGUUAGAGAUUGGUGAAUGACCCACUAUUCCUUGAGACUGUCCCUUUAUGAGUGUUAUUUCUGAAAGUUUGUUUACUAUGAAAGAUUAAAAAUGGGUGCAUGUGCACCUAUAGUCCCAGCUACUUGGAAGGAUCACUUAUAAGCCCAGGAGAGUUCAGCCAGAGCAACAUAGUGAGAUCCCAUCUUAUUUAAAAAAAAAAAAAAAAAAAAAAAAAAAAAAGAGGAGUAGAGCAACUGACCAUAUUUGAGAUCUUGGUAUCUUUUGCUUUUUCUAGACCAAAAAUUAAAUUGUAAUUUUUGAUGGUGUACAUUUGCUCUUUGGAGCACUGGUAGCCUUCUAUUAAAAGAGGUCAUCUAGCUGGGCGCAUUGGUGCACACCUGUAAUCCCAGCGGCUCUGGAGGCUGAGGCAGGAAGAUCACAAGGUCAAAGCCAGCCUCAGCAAUUCAGUGAGACCCGUCUCUAAAUAAAAUACAAUAAAGGGCUGGGGAUAUGGCUCAGUAGUUAAGCUCUCCUGGGUUCAAUCCCUUGUGCCAAAAAAUAAAGUUAUCUUGCUUAGAGAUGGAUAAGAAAAUGAGAAAGUUGAAUUUAUCACCAAUACAGCAGACUCCCACCUAGAUUACAUCUAUAUGUCUAUAUAUAGCUAUAAGUAUAUUCCUUUAUAGAACUAUUAAUAGAAUCCUAAGUAAUUUUGUGGAAUAUAAGUUUGAUACAGUCUGACUUGGUUUUGUUUUGUUCUUUGUUUUUUUUUCCCCCGUGGAAUACAGGACGGGACCAGGGCCCUUGUACUCGGAGCCAAGCUACUCUCCCGGCAUUGUGUAAGCCUCUUGUGUUGUGCUCUCUUUCAGGUAGGAUAAUUGCGGACUGAACCCUCGGGCUGCGGUCAUAUAUGAGAACUUGCUCCGCGCGGUCCCCUUUGCCGGGAUGUUUCCAUUGCUUCAUGUUUCAGUAAACAGAGGAGUUUGUGACCAACUAUGUUUUCUUUCUUAAUUUAAUUCUUCUAAGUUGACUUUUCUUUCCUCCUGAUACUAGUCUUUGUAGCCUUUCACUUUGUUCCUUAUAUUCUCAGCCUCAGAGCAGACCUAGGUAAGGACUAUGCUGGCAUUCCCUUUUUCCUGUACAGUGAAACCCCUCUUAUCUUGCUUUCCCUAGGAUUUGAACCCUUCCUCCCUGCCUACCUGCAGCAUCUCCUCUCCCUUUAAAAUGACCAUGUAGUGGCAAGCAGCCUUUUACUCUUCUCUGUUAGCUCUGGACUCUUAACAUUGAAGCUAAUCUUCUGAAAUUGCUAGGACCAUUGGGGGUUUUGUUGUUGUUUUGUUUGUUUUUUGUUUUUUUUUUUUUUGUCUGACCUGUGAUCGUGGUACAGCAUUAGCUGAAAUUUAGCCUUGUUUUACUCCACUCCUCCCAC